UGGCCAUGGCGGCAGCGCAAGGCUACGGUGGUGGAGGCGGUAGCGGUGGCGGCGGCGGCGGCGGUGGGCGGUUCAUCCCCAUCGUGAAGGACGACCACACGCAGAACGCCUACGGCGAGAACACUUUCGAGUUCGAGGCCGCCAACGGCAUCGUCCGCUACGAGUCCGGAAAGGAAAACAACGGACACGUGCAGGAGGGAGGCUGGAGGUACCAGGCGCCGGAGGGCAUUCCUGUGGAAAUCACCUUCGUGGCCGACCAGGGUGGCUACCAGCCCCAGGGGGACCUCCUCCCCGUGGCCCCGCCUCUUCUCUACCAGAGGACGCAGUCCUUCGGAGGAGCAGCAGGAGGCGGAGGAGGAGGAGGAUAUGCGUGAAUCCGAGAAACCUACUUAGUGAUUUCUUUGCUCUUCAACCCCUUCACAGUCAUCCUGAGGAGCUGGUCUCGCUGAUUUUGUCGUUCAUUGCUAUUCACUAUGUUGUUUAUUAAUGCAUAUCAUAUUUCCCAAUUGAUUAAUUUAGCGAAAUAAAUUUUAUUUACA